UUUAUAUGGGAGACUUGAAUAGGUUCAUGGCAUUUCCGUUCAUUUCAAGGGCGAAAGGUCAUUUGAGAUACAAAUGAGUUGGUCACAGAAGUACCUAAACUUGUAUCUCAAGGCAUCGCCAUACUUAUUUGUUGUGCAUCGGUGCAAUACAUGUCAUCGCUAUUGCCCAUUCCCAAACGUUGAAGUGAUCUUCCCACCCCCCAAUCCCUUCAAAAAAACGAAGUAAACCAAAUCCGGAAUGAACAAAAAUAGCAGUUGUGUAAUGAGAGGAAUUGUGUGUACACUAACUCAUCUGGCACCUCAGUAAACUGCAGCCCUUCCCAUUCCCUUUAAAGGAGCGCGCCGUCCUCUAAACAUGGACAUGCACUUUCCCAGGAUUCCAAGGAAUGUCCCAGCCUCUCAGCAGCCCUUCGUCACCGGCCGCCCUCUUUGCAAGCAUGUGAGUCCAAACGGGGAUCCACGCCUCGCUCUUUCUGGGACGUAUGGGAAUAUUUUGGCCACAAAGCUACUUGCUAUCCUGAUUUAUUAUUUUGGCAGUUUUCAAACGAGAUCUUGUCGAAGUAUGUCCAGACGGAAAGUGAGAGGCCUAACCCGGAUGGGGCGGCAGGUGAGUGAGGAUCCGGACCUGGAUACCCUGCUGUCCACGCUCUCUCCGGAGGAGAUGGAGGAGCUGGAGAAAGACAUGAUGAAAGUGCCCGACGUCAACCCGGAGGACGGUGAGGUGAGCCUUCGAGGCGAGCCUGUCGCAGGCAAAAACAACCACCAGAACGCCAAAAGCAGCCACAAAGAGGACUCGCUCCAGGCUCAACCCAAGAAGGAAAGCCGGAAACAGGAUUACCCGAGAAAGACGGACCUGAGCCAGAAGUGCAACGACACCACUGAAGUCCAAGGACGAGGAGAAAACGAAGUUGAUGAUGGCGACGAGAAAGUUCCAGAAUCCUCAAAAGGGGGUCAAAGUCAGCUCUCCAGAGACCUAAAGGAUGGUUGCAAGGAGAAAACAGCCUGUGAGGACAACAGGAUGACAGACAAGAGAGACAAUCGCGAGAGCAAAACAAGGGACGUGAUAUCCAAGCUCCAGGAGAAGAAGAAGGAGGACACCCGUAGGGAGGACUGCAGGAGAAGAGAUGACACCAAGACCAAGGACAUUAUCUCCAGGCUACGGGAGAAGAGCGAGAAGGAAGCAGGCAGGGAGCGGGUUCGGCGAUCCGACAGCUUCAGGACACAGGGACUGGUUUCCAGGAUGCUGGAGAAGCAGAACAAAUCACAGGAGAACCUGACUCCCGAGGAGAAGAAGCCUCAGGAUGAGGAUAAGGAAAAGAAGGCGGCUCGCAGAGUGCAACGGCAAGCCUCUGAGAAGGAGGAUGGAACGAGAAGAGGUGAAGAACUGCUCAACCACAGCGAUCACUUGAAGCAACAGAAAGCAGAAGAGCAGAAAGUUGACACCCGAGAAAAACUCACCAACUGCGUGGCCCCGACCUCCAAAACGAAGGAGGAAGAUGUCGCCGACGAAGACGCCAGCAUGUUCGAUGAGCUCCUGGAGCAGGUCCGAGGCGACGACCCGUCCUUGGUGGAGCUCAACGUAAACAACUCCGAGGUGAUCAAGACCAAGACGCUCAUCGAGCUGGCCGAGGCGCUGCGCUGCAACACCCAUGUCAGGAAGGUGGCGCUGGCCAACUGCCGUGCCGACGACCACGUGGCAUACGCCGUCGCUGGCACGCUGCACCACAACUCCAGCGUCACCAGCAUCAACUUGGACUCCAACCAUCUCACCGGCAAGGGCAUCCUGGCCCUCAUACAAGCGCUGCGCUACAACACCACCCUCACUGAGCUCCGCUUCCAGAACCAGCGGCACGUCUGCGGAGGCAAGACGGAGAUGGAGAUGAUCAAGGUGCUGAAAGAGAACACCACCCUGCUUAAACUGGGCUACCACUUCGAGCUGGCCGGGCCCAGGAUGACCACUACCAACAUCCUAAGUCGUAACAUGGACCGCCAGCGUCAGAGGCGUUUACAGGAGCAGAAGCAGGCCCAGGCCGGAAAUGGAACCGACAAGAAGGAUACUCUGGAAGUGCCCAAGCCGGGUGGCGGAGGCUCCCAUAGAAAUUCCACCACAUGGACCUCUCCAAAGGCGUCUCCAAAACCGUCCCCCAUGCCUUCGCCCAUGCCUUCACCUAAACUGAGCCCCAAGAAGGGAGACGGGGCUGGUCCACCACCGCCCCCGCCCCCACCCCCACCUGGGGGUGCGCCCCCACCUCCUCCGCCUCUCAUGCUGGAAGUGGACUCCUUGAGGAACUCUUUGACUCCGGUUUCGCGGAGGAGCCUGGAUGGGAAGAACCGAGGGGGCGCAAAGAACUCCAGGGAUCAGCUGCUCGCCUCCAUUAGGGGGAGCAACAUCGAACAACUCAAGAAGGUACCUGUACCCAAGUGGCUGCAGUGAUUUUCCUAGUGGCUGGAACGUAAGAAACACGGUCGAACGGAUAUCUCGCCGCAAGAAGACAAACCCUCCCUCGGGUCGAGGGUCCAUCUUGCGGUAAUGACAGUUUUGACGAUGAGGCCGCCUUUUUACCCUGAGUACUUCCCACGGAAUACUGGACCAAAGGACCCUUGUGAAGAACAGGGGCCACGAUGGUCUCUUGCCAGUUGUCCAUUUUGCAGUCAUGGAUUCAUAUCGCUCUUUGCUGGUCAUUUGCACUAAUAGGUACUAGAUGAAGUCCAUUAUACAACAUAUUGUCUCGCGUAUGAAUGCAAGUGCCUGAGAAAACAGUGAAAAUGGUGUACACGCGUAAUGAGGAAAAAAAAACAUUACAGUAUUACUGCGAUUUUCAUGUGUGGUGUUCUUGAAAUGGCCAACAAAACACAACGCAUAUAUCAACAGACAAUCAUAAGUCUCGACCCCGAAACUGGAUAUCCGUCGUCGUACAAAGACUGAACUUUUAGGGCAGCAUGAUUGAGAAAGAGAAGUAGUAGGAAAAGAAAUAGAAGAAGCCAGGCUAGCUGAUAAUUGAUCUCCAUUUUUUGUGUCAAAAUCCUGGAGUCCAUGUCCCAACUCUUUGUUGAAUACACACGUGUAAGGAUUUGACCUUGGUACAUAUUGAACAAGUUCAACAUUGGCGAUUGAUCGGGAAAUAAAAUUCCCUCUUAGCACAUCCCACACCAUAAAAUGAUUUCUCAGGAUAAUCUUUGAGAGGCAUCCAAUAAUCAGGCCUUUGCUGACUUUGAUCGGCAGAAAAGGAAAAUAUUCAAAUUCAGCCGAAUUGUCAUUAUGCGUGUACCCCGCUUUCAACAUUUAAAAUUGUCGACACUGAACUUUUUCUGAGCGGAUCAGGAAGUAAAAAUCCCUCUUGACACACUUCAUACCACAGUAUAACCCCCGAAGGUAAUCUUUUAGACACAUUCAAUAUUCUGGCCUGUGCUGACUUUGAUCGGAAUUGGGGAAAAGUGCUCAAAUUUGGACCAUUUGGUGGCGUGUGUGUCCCCCACUUUAGUCGUUUGAACCACUGUCAGUUAAUCUGUCCAAACUGGGAUGAAAACAACAGGGAAUACAUCGUCACGAUGGCCCAAUUAAAAAAACAAAAACAUAAUGUGGCUCCGGGAAAAAGAACACCAAGCACUGAGUGCCUCAUGUCAAAAAAAUCUCAGGCAAAGUUCAUUUGGAAAAGCGCCACAAAGGAGUUUUAAUUACGAGUUAUCAGGAAGUACAAAUUCAUAAGUGUUGUACAGAAUCAUUUUAGCUGGCGUAAUUGAUAAUCGUAUGUAAUGUCAAUGUAAUAUAGCUACAGUAUGUGCUAUGAGGUUGAUAUCAAGCUUCCUGUUGAUUGAUAACUUUUGAGUGAAGGUCUUUUCUUUGAUGACGUUAUGGCACUUCCUCUUUGUGUAACCUAGAUUUAUUUUUUUCCAUUUUGCGAUGACACACCUUUCUAACGGAGCCUGUAUGUCUUCAAUAAAACGCUUUACUAUGUUGC